UGGUACAGUAUGGGAACAAAAUAUAAAACAAUUUGUGUUUGUGACAAUGUGUUGUCAGCCCAUCUCAUAUUGACAAACGACCAUUCACGCGUAUGGACAAUUUAGAGUCUUCAUUGAAUAAAGCUAACAUGCAUGUUUUGGGAAUGUGGAAGGAAGCUGGAGUACGCAGAGAAAACCUACACAAGCGCAGGAAGAACAUGUACUCCGUACAGGCAGGCGCGGAGCCGAAAUCCGAGCCCUGAAACUCAAAACUGAGAUGCAGAUGUGCUAACAACUUGUUUUGUUGUUGUUGUUGUUGUCAUGUUUAGAAAUUAAGUACGCAGACUAUUGCAACAGUAACCGUGUGAAUUACAUUUGUUACUGCUUUGACUUCAUCUCAAGAUACUGGGAGAAAGGCUUUUUUAAAGGCUUCUGAAAGUUUUCAUUGCUAGUUUUGAACAAAAGUCAAGGGAAACUUGUGGCAAGCUUUGAUGGGACUCAUAAAAUGACAAGUAGCGCGCCGGUGAGCUGUCAUUGACAUCUGUGGCCUAUGCUAUGUUUUGUUUUGUGUUUGACAGCUGUCCAUAGUAAUGACUUACUUCCGGGAUCGAGGAGCCCGUCGUUCAUUUGUGUAGUUUAUGCUAAUGCUAACGGGCUGGGCGAAAGAGCGCCACCGUUUCUAAUACAACGGUAACGGCCUUUAGGAGAGAAACUUGGUGGGAUUCCUUCCCUCUGUUUUCAAAACGGACCGACCAAUAGAGUGCACAAUUGUAACACAAGAGUUUCGAUCUGUAUAUUUUGACGGUAGCGACAUUAGUGAUUGACAGGCCGCAACGAUUGGGCCACCCCGCCCAAAUGGGAACUUCUUAAAGGGACAGUACACCUUCAUCUCGCAGCACUGCCUUGCUAUAAAUGGGAUAUUUCCUGCUUUAAUGCUGAAUUGUUGGUACGCACAAAUAAACGAGUAACGACCCGUUUUUAAUAUAUCUAAGCAAAUGAGAACAGGAGCGCUGGCGGAAUCCAUGUUGCAAGCGCACUGUCUGUUUCACCGCACUGCAUCAGCAGCAUCCUGUGGACUCGAAGGCAGGGGUGCUGCUGUGGCGCAGCAAAAACACGGUACACGGAGCACACGACGCAUUGUUUCACAUUUUCCUCGCAGUUUACGAAUUUGUUUGCGCUUUUGCAGGUUAUUCUGCCAUGCCAAAGAUUCUUUUUAUACACAAGGAUUCAUAGAUAGCUGAAAUCGCGGGGGAGACUGCGAGAGGACCACAUUUUCUUCCGAAAGAGGCCUCUAAAUUGACCACAGUAGGCGAUCAGAUUAGGAUGAAAUAUUUUUGAUAUUACCAUUUAGGGGUGUGUUUACCGCUGGUGUCUUUAUAGCAGUUCGAUUCUUACCUGGUUUGCAUAUUUAUAUCAUAUGCACUUGCAUGCAGACUCGGUAGUAUGUUUCGCAUAUAAAUACGUUACAAAACCCGAUUCAUAUCUAAUGUCUGUUAUUCGACACCAUUAGCGAUAAACGCGUGAAUUCCCAAGCAGGUGCAACGAUCUCUCUGUGCAUCCCGUCUUAAAAACCUCAGGGAAAAGGUAAUUGAAUUUUAAAGGGAAACGCUGGGUCAUCACACAAAUUGCUUCUUUUUAUUGUAUUUUAUCAUUUAAACAAAAAACAGAAGAAGCACAUCAAUUGCAUUUUGCACAGUUAAAAACGUCUGCAAUAAUAUCUGUCAAUGAAUGCGAGCAUCCACUAGAAACUGCUGAUUUGAGCUAAAUAAGUACAACAGUACUGUUGUGAUAUUACAAACACGUUCUAGGGUCUUAGAGGGGCCCGUUUAGCAUAUUACAACGCAUGUGUCGCUGCUAGUUGAUUUACUUAUGAUAGGAGGCUGCAAUUUGUUGACAUACAGCUUUUAACCAUUAUUAGUAUUGAUAAACAACCGUCGAAAGUAGAAAUAAAAGUAGAAUAGGCGUGUAAAAGUACUUUAUAACAUUUGGAAAAACAAAGCUCCAGUCUGUGACAUGACUGCAAUUCACAUACUGCUCCUUUUCCUUUCCUGCACAUUGUUUGUGCGCCGGUGUGAUGGGGCGUGUGCAGAGGUGGACUCGGACACAGAGGCGGUGGUGGGCAAAGGCUUCAAACUGGGCUGCAUCUCCUGCAAGAUGAGGAGUGAAGUCAAAGCGACUGCCACCGUUGAGUGGUACUUCAAAGCCCGAGGAGAGGUCGACUUUGUGCAGAUCUACACCUACAGUGAAAUGGGCCCCACUAUUGAAAAUGAAAUCUUCACGGACCGUCUGGAUUGGAACGGGAGCAAGAGGAGCAACGACAUCCAAGACGCGUCCAUAUAUAUUCUUAACGUCACCUUCAAUGACUCAGGCACAUACCGCUGCUACUUCAAUCGCAUCCUCUCCUACGACAACUACGAGAACACCACCGUUAUCAGGAAAGUGGUCCACCUCAAUGUGUUGGCGAAAGCCACCAGAGGUACAGCUUCCAUCGUGUCUGAAGUCAUGAUGUACGUGUCCAUCAUCGGCCUGCAGGUGUGGCUCCUCAUCGAGAUGAUAUAUUGCUACAGGAAAAUAGCGGCGGCCGGGGAGGAAGCGUUAAGAGAAGCCGCGAAUGCUGAAUAUUUAGCGAUUGCCUCGGAAAGUAAAGAUAACUGUGCAGAUAUGCAGGUUGGAGAAUAGCGAAGGUUUUGCUUUUGGACUGAACGCAUCUGUCCUAUACAGCCCGCUAACUGCAUGAAAACAACUCGGGAGAGUGGAACAGACUGCAUCCUCAUCUCAAGUUCUCUACGCAUUAAUUAGCCACAUUGUUGAAAGCAAGCACUGUAGUCACAGUCAAGUAUUAUGUUGACAUUCUGUAAAUGUAUAUGACAUGCACAACACUGCCUGUGGGAUUGUUGAGAAAGUUUUUUACUAACUCACCACCUCCUAAUCUAUGAUUAAAAAAAACAAAAAAAACAUGUUAUUUAUAUAAUAGAAUGUGGAUAGAUUGUCUUUCCAAUUGAAUUGCUGGUACAUUACGUGAAACCUUCACUGUAUUAAUAAAAAAA